AUGCGGGAGUCUUCGAUAUCGAGUGAAUCUCACCUAGAGGUUCAUCUCACUCUGACAUUUCAAGUUCAGCUCCCUCUCGGCUAUGUUAUUCCUGUGGGUCGGCUCUCUCCCUCUAUACCUAUCUACUCAGAGAUCGGCGGCGCUCUGGAUAGUUAUCGGCUACUUGAUCCCAAAUUCUGCUCUGUGUCCUCGCUUUCAGACGCAAAUACGUCGCUGCUGUUGGUCAAAUUCUCUUUCAUCGCUGUACCGACGGUGGCCUCAACCUCACUCUCUAUGACCCAGGCAAUUCCGGGGAAUUUUGGUGCUCUCGGGUCUUGCAGCUGGUUUGAACGAAAUGGUCGCCAUUGGCUGGCACAUCAGAACUGCGUCCCGAUCAAGAAGCGAAGUUUGUUUCUCGCAUCAUAUCGCCUCGAUCUGGAUGGAUAUUCUUUUCGUGGUUGGUUGAACUGGUCACAUGCUGCUCACAUAGUUCUCCGCAACGGCCCAGCGAUCAGUCAGGCUCCAACCAGCUACGACUGCAAUUCUCGAGAUCACAGUGGCAAGGGUGAUAAUGUCGUCUCGCAUGGCUACUUUGCGUUAACAGCAGCGAUCAUGGCGCUGGAAUUUAGGCGUCUGGCUGUCGAUGAAAGACCGCAUCCGAUACGACCGUGA